GGAGGCCCACGUGCAGCUGACAAAUAAAUUUCGGUUGAAUGAGGCUGAAUUGUUGUUGUUUAUUUUCUGAAUUACUUGAUCGAAUCGAGGAAGAAAUCAUGAAUGAGCCCUCUAGGAUGUAUUUACUGUGGUUUGCACAUGAACACGUGGACUUUCGAGGGGCUGAGAUCGACUCAAUCCUGAGUUUAUUCGGAAUUUCCUCCGAGGAUUUCAAGGCCAUCGAGAGGUUUGAUGAUAAGCCUUAUUGGAUCGUCGAAUGCCAGAAAGAAUCGACAAUCCAGACGAUAGCGAGUCGAGCAGUUUCCCUGCGUUACUGCAUAGAAUUGUACGUCAGGGAGAGAGACUUUACCUCAGUGCAUGCUGCAUUGAGAAAAAUUCCCAGGCAGAGGUGGGAUAAACACGCCAGGAAGGACAGAACCUUCAGGAUCGUCGUCGAGACGUUCUGCAAACACAUCAGUCAGAGCGAGAAGAUUGAAAAAAUUGAGUCGUUCAAUUACCUUCAAAUCGAGGGGCAAGUCAGGCUCAACAACCCUGACGUCAGCUUCUAUUACAUGGAGUAUUAUGGGAUGAAACCUGAUGCCCAUACCGAAAACCCUGAGGAAUUGUUCUUUGGAAGACUGGUUGCAACAGGCCAGAGAGAGUUAAUCCAAAAAUUAUCCCUGAAGACGAGAAAAUUCAUUGGGACUACGUCGAUGGAUCCCCAGUUAUCCCUUCUCAUGGCGAAUCAGGCUCAAGUUAAAAGUGGGGAUAUCGUGUUGGAUCCUUUCGUGGGGACUGGAUCCCUGCUGGUGGCUGCUGCACUGUUCGACGGGUACAUCCUGGGGACUGACAUCGACUUCAUGAUGCUUCACGCCAGAACGAGACCCACCAGGAUAACGCAGAAAAAGAGGAGCAGUGACGAGAGUGUUGCUGCAAACGUAAAACAGUAUGGGAAAGAAGCUUAUUACCUAGACGUCGUUGUUUCCGAUUUUUCCCAGCCCCUCUGGAGGUCCGACAUGCGGGUCAACGCAAUUAUUACAGAUCCGCCGUAUGGUGUUAGAGAGGCCACUGAACGCAUCGGAACAUCGAAACCAAAUCCUACUAUUGACGAAACCCAGGCAGCAGCUCACAUUCCAUCGAAAAUAGACUACAAUUUACCUCACAUGUACAAAGACAUCAUGAAAUUCGCUGCUAGGCAUCUGGAGAUCAAUGGAAAAUUAGUCUGUUGGUUUCCAGUCUAUAGGGAAUAUUACUGUGAGGAUCAGCUCCCCACCCACCCCUGCCUAAAAAUGAUAGCCAAUUCCGAGCAGAUAAUGAGUAAUCACGCAUCGAGAAGAUUAUUGACGUACACAAAGCUUCGUGAGCCCCAGGAGAACGACGUAGUCAGCACAAUGAACAUCCUCGACUUCAGGGAGAUGUACUUCGCCCUCAGGGACGAGUCCAGGAGGGAAAAAAGGAUGAAAAAGGCAGCAGAGAGGGCCCAGAACAAAGCAGAGUGGGAGAGGAGGUCUCGUGAGAGCACAGAGAGAUGACUCCAGCUGUUUUCAUGAUGAUAACAAACAUUUAAUUGCAUAAUUCACUUCACUUGCAUUCUGUAACUUAUCUCAGGGUGAGUUACAACGAUUUUUCGACUUCUCUCGAAGUCACACAGUCAACAUUUUUUUUUCCAUUUCAGAAUGAACGAAUUAUCUUAGAAAUAUAAUCAACGUAUUUCAAUAAAUAAUCGUAGACAUUU